AUGACUGACGGGGAUUCGGAAAUAGGAAACGCCAAGCUUGCAGGCUUCAACAAAGAUCUGGGGCUGGUCAAUUAUGAUUAUAAUGCCGUGCUAUCCAUUUUCUUCAUCUCCUAUAUUAUCUUUGAAAUCCCUUCCAAUAUCAUGUGCAAAUGGGUUGGUCCCGGUUGGUGGCUUCCAGGGAUUACCCUCGGGUUUGGCAUCUGCUCGGUCGCCACCGCGUUCGUUCAAGAUAAACAUAGUGUAUCUGGUGUUCGCUUUCUGCUGGGCAUGUUUGAAGCAGGAUUGCUGCCUGGAAUCGCGUAUUAUCUCUCGCGUUGGUAUCGCCGCAGUGAGCUCGCCUUCCGCCUGUCUCUGUACAUUGUCAUGGCCCCUCUGGCUGGAGCAUUCGGAGGUCUGCUGGCUUCGGGUAUCCUCAAGCUCGAUCACUUUGGCACUUUGCGCACGUGGCGCAUGAUCUUUGCGAUCGAGGGCAUUGUCACGAUUGGCAUUGGCGUGGUCGCCUUUUUCACGCUGACCGACCGACCGGAGACGGCCAAGUGGCUCUCUCAGGAGGAGAAAGACCUUGCUGUUGCCCGAGUCAAGUCUGAGCGUGUGGGCACCACCGAGGUCCUUGACAAGUUGGACAUGGCCAAAACCCUGCGUGGAAUCUUCAGCCCGGUGACUAUCACCACGUCGUUUGUGUUCCUGUUGAACAACAUCACUGUCCAGGGUCUCGGCUUCUUUGCGCCCACGAUUGUACAAACCAUUUAUCCCGAUGCCGGUGUGAUCUCUCAGCAGUUGCAUACUGUGCCCCCAUAUGUGGUCGGGGGAUUCUUCACGCUCCUGUUCCCCUACCUGAGCUGGCGCUUCGAUCAUCGCUUGAUUUUCUUCGUUGUCAGCCCCCCACUGAUGAUCACUGGUUAUAUCAUGUUCCUCGCUAGUGAGGACAGUAUGGUACGAUAUGGGGCCACCUUCAUAAUCGCUAGUGGGGCCUUCGCGUUCGGGGCCCUGUGUACCGCACAUGCAUCGGCGAAUGUGAUUUCCGACACCGCUAGAUCUUCGGCAAUUGGAACGGUGGUGAUGUUCGGCAACGUUGGUGGGCUCAUCAGCACUUGGUCCUUUUUGCCCUUCGACGCUCCCAACUACCACAUUGGGAACGGGCUCAACUUGGCGACUGCCACCACCACCCUCCUUCUCGGAGCUGGACUCUGGGCAUAUAUCGCUUGGGAUAAUCGCCGACGUGCGCGUGUGGAUGUCCCCAACGCCUUGGCGGGUCUUUCCCAGCAACAAAUCCAGGACCUGGACUGGCGUAAUCCCGGCUUCCGCUGGCGUCCUUAG